ACCAGAAAUUUCCUAGCAGUUUUUUUCCAUUCAGCUGAGAAAACUGAAAAGGGCAGAAAUGAGUCUCUCCGGAAAGGACAAGACCGUGGUGAAAGCUUUCUGGGAGAAAUGUGCCCCUAAAUCGGCUGAGAUUGGGGCCGAGGCUCUUGGCAGGAUGCUGACUUCAUACCCGCAAACCAAGACCUACUUUUCACACUGGUCUGAUCUGAGCCCUGACUCUGCACAGGUGAGGAAGCAUGGUGCCACCAUCAUGGGAGCUGUUGGGGAUGCCGUCUCAAAGAUCGAUGACCUGACUGGUGGUCUUGCCAAGCUCAGUGAGCUGCAUGCCUUCAAGCUCAGAGUGGACCCUGCUAACUUCAGGAUCCUGUCUCACAACAUCAUCCUGGUGCUGGCCAUGUACUUCCCAGCUGAUUUCACCCCAGAGGUUCAUGUCUCUGUCGACAAGUUCCUGCAGAAUCUGGCCUUGGCUUUGUCUGAGAAAUACCGCUAAGAUCCAGACAUUCAGGAGGAUCGGCUGCAUUACAAACUGCAUGUCACCCAAGAGAAAAAUGUUACACCACCUUUGCACUUAAGAGGUUGGCUGACUAAAUUAAAUAAAAAAAAUAAUUGUC